UCUCGUCGUGGUUCCUCGUCGACGGUGAUCUCCCCGUGCAAACAACCAGCCAACGCUCGCCACCGUUCGUCGCUGCCUGUCUGAAAAGUCUUCCGGUCCUUCUCUUUCGAACCUCUUUGAUCAACCCAGAUCCCAAUCUUUGUCGUCCGAUCUGUAACCCUAGUCCCACGAGCCAUGGCUUCCUCGAAUUCGACUCUAGCGAUGUCCUUCUCCGACUUCCCGGAAGACGUCCAGAUCAAUAUCCUAUCUUUCCUCUCCCCCUCCGAGGUCUCCGCCUUCGCCUGCACCUCCCGCCGCUUCGUCGCCCUCUGCGGCGCCGCCGCCCCCAAUAGCCCCCUCUGGCUCGCCAUCUGCGAGCGCCGCUGGGGAUUCCGCACCCGGCCCCGAUCCUGGGUUUCGUCCUCCGCGUCCUUCGCUCGCCUCUACAAGGCGCUCGACCGAUGGGAGCACCUCAUCGGUUUCUGGCGCCGCAUUGGGCACGGCGGCCCCGGCACCCCGCACCUCGUGUUCUUCGAAUGGGGACCCUCCUACAUUGCCGGGUCCCGGGUCUCCCCCGCGCCCGACGCAGCCGGUGGUGGCUACGGCGUCCUCAAAGUGCCCUUCCUUUGGCUGGGCCUAUCGCAGCACGGCGAACUGGUCAGUUUCCUCCACCCCGGCGGUCGACUUGAUUCAUCCGCAGAUCUUUUAGGCUCGGUUUCGGAUUCCUCCAGUUCAUCCUCGGGCGUCGCAGAUCCUGACUUGGUUCCUGUCAGCGUGAGCUUCAUGGGCUGCAGCCAUUUCGUGGUGGAAGAGAACAGAAGCUACUUCGCCGACGCUAGGGAAGUUGACUCCAUCGGGGUUCUGGAGGAGAUCGAGACAUCGUCGCCUCCGGACAGGUUGAUGUCAGAGAUUUAUCAGUACUUCGCAAUUCGGACGAGUCCUGGUGGUGAUAAGGCCAUGAGAAGGCCGAGGAAGAAGGAAAGGGAGCGCUCUGGGGGGCGGCAUUUGUGGGAGGCAGAGCAUUUCGUCAAGAUCAACAAAUACUAUCCCACACCAGAACGGCCAUUACAAGGCUUGUGGAAGGGGUUCUCUGAGGACAUGAUACUUGAAUUUUACCUCGUCUCCUACGAUGAUAUCGGUGGCAUUACAUGUCGGAGAGUGGGCGAAGCAGGGGAACAAUUCUCCGGUUAUUCUCCUGUUUUCUGGACUUCCAACACCACAUUCCUUGAAUCUCCAUUUUCCAGCGACGAACAGGACCUAUAUGCAAACCGUGAGCAAAUAUGCCCUGUGAAUGCCGACGGGAGAAAAAGCAGCGACUCCAGUGGAGUCGUCUCGCGCAUUCUCUGUAUCAACUCUUCUUAUGACUUGGUAAUUCCUGGCUUAUCGGCCUCCUCCGGUGAUCCUAGAAAUGUGGAGGGUAGAAUCUGGGAAUACGACGAUGGAACUUUCGGCUUUGGAUUUCUUCGAAACAACUAUAUAAUCGACUUGAAGCAUAUUGCUGUGAAUGAGUUUCUCCUUGACAUUGUAGAGGAUUUAUAAUCCUUGUUUAAGUUACUUGUAUAAACUAUACACUGAUAAUUUCUUUGUCCCGUGUGCUUAUUACCGAGUGUGAUAAUUGUCA